CGGAACUGCCGUUCCCAGACGCCCGGAGUUUCCCAGGCUGCUCUGCGGAGCAGGAGGGUGUGAAAGUCAGCGCGGAAGGGUCAGGGCGCUCUCAUGGGAGCGGUAGGAUAGGAAGGCGGUGGUGGCGGUGAAAUGUGAAGGUGCGGGUUUUGUGCGUGGCUGGCGGACCGUGCGGUGGGUCGCGAAGCUUUGCGGAUCGUAGUUGCGUUGACGCUCAGAGGGACAGCUUCCUGCGAGCAUGAUUCGUGCGCUCCUACGAGCUCUGCAGCUGCACAGGUCCUCGGGGAGGCAGCUGCUGUUGCCACACCUCGGGCUUCAUAGAGCUGCUGUGAAGACUCAGCCCAGUUUGAGGUGGGAGCUGCGAGAGCAGAAGAAAACGGUGCGACCUAGACCCGUCCUUGGACUCGCCCAGAAAACGAUCUGGACACAGGGACCGGGCCCCUGCAGAGCACAGGAGGACAGCAGCAAGCAGGUGUCAGUGCACAGAGGUCAGAGCGCGGAAACCGCAGUCUCAACCUCUCAGAAAGUGAAAGAAGCUGGAAGAGAUUUCACCUACUUAGUCAUCGUGGUGGUUGGAAUCAGCAUAACAGGUGGCUUGUUCUACGCGAUUUUCAAAGAACUUUUUUCUUCAUCCAGUCCUAGUAAGGUAUAUGGGAAAGCCUUAGAAAAAUGCAGAUCACAUCCCGAGGUGGUCAGUGUCUUUGGUGAGCCUGUUAGAGGCUAUGGGGAGAUGACACGUCGCGGGCGGAGACAGCACGUCAGUUUUAUUGAAUAUGUAAGAGAUGGGCUGAAACAUUUGCGAGUGAAGUUCUACAUUGAAGGCUCCGAGCCAGGGAAGCAAGGAACGGUGUAUGCGGAAGUGAAAGAGAAUCCAGAGGGUGGCAAAUAUGAAUUUCAGUAUAUAUUUGUGGAAGUAGAAUCCUAUCCUAGAAGAACUAUUGUGAUUGAAGAUAAUCGAGUCCAAGAUAAUUGAGAGUCAAACAGACAUGCUGGCGUGGUGUGGUGGACACACUGGGGCCAUCACGGCUCCCCCGAAUCUGCCCAGGAAGAGGGCGUUAUUAUAAAAGUGAAUGUAACAGGAUGUUUGACACACUUAGACAAACCAAAUUAGAGAUUUUCUUGUGAAAAAUCAUGAAAUAGAGCCUGUUUUAUGUUGCUUCAUUAAAUUGUCAAUCUUGAUA